CGAUUGAUCUAUCACGUGAUUAAUGCGUGCUUUUAUUGCGGAGUACUGACUUGGGGGGCGUCACUUUGUACUGAAGGAAGCGAUCCAUCAUGACCUCCAAACGCAAUUUCUUUGGUAAAGGCUCUGUCGUGGUUGCUACCGACGAUGGCAGCCCAAUUCGACGCCUGGCAAUCACUGCUGACAAUCUCGUGACUCAACCAUUCGAGGGCAUCGACAUCAUUCCAGAUGUCAUCGACUACGCCGCCCGAACACAUGGCACGAAAGAUGCUGUGGGUUGGCGUGAUAUCGUCGGCAUUCACGAAGAAGAGAAGGAAGUAAAAAAGACGGUCAAUGGAAAGGAGGUCACCGAGAAGAAGAUCUGGAAGUACUUCCAGCUCAGUGACUACAAGUACCUCAAUUUCCUGGAUGUCCAAGAGCGAGUUUCGGAGCUUGCACGAGGUCUUCUUCACCAUCAAAUCACGAAGGAAGACAUAUUCAAUAUCUAUGCUCAGACGAGCGUAAACUGGCAGCUUAUGUCUCAUGCAUGCACAGCAAUUGCAACUCCUGUAGCCACUGCCUACGAUACCCUUGGCGAAUCUGGACUCACACAUUCAUUGAACGAGCCAAAUUGCGUUGGUGUUUUCACUAAUGCCGACCUCCUGACGACCCUGAAGAAUGUGCUUCCGAAUACCCCGUCGGUCAGGCUCAUAGUCUAUGAUGGUGAUGCCAAGUCAUCACUUCUAGAUGAUAUCCGCAACAUCAGGGAAAACGUAGUCAUUCUCUCCAUUGAUGAACUGCGUGAGAUUGGUGCAAAGCAAUCCAAGGAGGGUCUGAAGGAGCGAAGGCCAUCUAGAGACGAUGUGGCUCUGAUCAUGUAUACCAGCGGCACUACUGGUGCCCCUAAGGGUGUGGUACUUACUCAUGGCAACGUCAUUGCCUCUGUCGGUGCUGUCUACACGCUUCUUGGUCACCACCUCGGUAACGAUGACAGUUUCCUGGCAUACCUCCCGCUCGCCCAUAUUCUUGAAUACAUCGUGGAGCUUAUCUUAUUUUUUGUCGGUAUGAAGACAGGCUACGGCCGCGUGAAGACCCUCACAGAUGCAUCCGUACGGCAAUGCAAGGGUGACAUUGUCACUUUUCGCCCCAGCAUCAUGGUUGGCGUGCCCGCCGUGUGGGAACAGAUCCGUAAGGGGAUUACCACUAAGGUUAACGCUAGCGGCAGCUUGAAGAAGGCCAUCUUCAAUGGGGCGAUGGCGGCCAAGAAGGCUGAUGUUCCUGGCCUUAGCCAGCUGGCAGAUGCUGCUGUGCUCAAUAACAUCAAGCAAGCCACCGGAGGACGACUCCGUCUCGCAUUGAGUGGUGGCGCUGCUCUUAGCAAAGAAACUCAAGAGUUCUUGUCCGUUGCACUCGUCACUAUGCUCCAAGGUUAUGGUAUGACUGAGUCUUGCGGGAUGUGCGCCAUCUUACCCCCCGAGCUCAUGCAAUAUCGCUCCGUUGGACUGCCUGUUCCUUCAGCUGAAAUAAAGCUCCGGGAUGUCCCUGAAGCGGGCUACAAGUCGACUAACAACCCUCCCCAGGGAGAAGUUUGUAUUAGGGGCCCGUCGGUCACCAAAGGAUACUACAAGCGGGACGACCUCAACAACGACGAGUCUAUCUUCACUAAGGAUGGCUGGCUUAGGACUGGUGAUGUCGGUCAAUGGAAUGCUGAUGGGACUCUUUCUUUGAUCGACAGGAUUAAGAAUCUCAUCAAGCUGCAGGGUGGCGAGUACAUAGCCCUUGAACAACUCGAAUCGACGUAUAAGUCAUGCUACCUUGUGGCGAACAUUUGUGUAUACGCAGAUGCUGAAGCCAAACAACCCGUUGGUAUUAUCAUCCCCCAUGAAGCCAAUCUGCGCCAGGCUCUCGAAGCCAAGUCCAUCCCCACAGAUGCGAACGCUCAGUUAUCGGAUUUGUGCGCCAACAAGGCGGUGCAAGAUCUCAUCCUCAAGGAGUGCAAUGCCAUCGGGAAAAAGAACAGCUUCAAACAGAUGGAGAUUCUAGAAGCUGUUAUUCUGACGGCAGAGGAGUGGACGCCCGAAAGUGGCCUCGUUACCGCGGCACAGAAGGUGCAACGCUCCAAGGUUGCGAAGAAAUUCGAGAAGGAGAUUAAGGCAGCAUAUGCUGUCCAAUGAUUUCAUGUAAUUUGGUUGACUAACCAUUUGUGUUUUUACUUCUCGAUUUACUUCAGUCUUUGACAAUUUCACCUAUUGUACAGUUUGUAUGUUUUAGUCGGAUUUUUAGUAUGAUAAAUGUGAUAGAGUACACAGUUUGUUGUUGCUUCUACGGUUUUUGAUGAGCGGGAGUGGGUGCUAUGUAUAGUACUAGUGUGAGUGGCAUCUGACUGCGGUUUCUCUGCAAUUGGGUUUUGUAUGGUCAGACUAGAGGAU